AUGUCUCAAAAGGGGAAAAGGUUUCCACAAUUCUCCCUCAAUGAUUUGGAGGUCCUAGCGAACAGGGUGCUCCAGAGGAAGGCUGUUCCACUUCCCAGAGAACUGGCAGACGAGGCCACACCUCUGGAUCUUGGUAAAGUCACCAAGUCACCACUCAGUUUUCAUUUUGCUUUUAUGUUUCAGUGGGAUUUGGUGUGCGACAAUGACUGGAAAGGGCCAUUUUCUAUGUCAGUGUUCUUUGUGGGAGUGCUGGCUGGUUCCUUUAUUUCUGGUCAGUUAUCCGACAGGUUUGGGAGGAAGGUAAUUCUCUUUGGAACUAUGGCUGUACAGACUGGAUUCAGCAUGAUUCAAGCAUUCUCUCCAAACUGGGAAAUAUUCUGCGUUCUGAAUUUCCUUGUGGGCCUUGGACAGAUUUCCAACUAUGUGGCCGCUUUUGUUCUUGGAUCGGAAGUGCUUGGAAAAUCUGUUCGGGUUAUGUACUGUACACUGGGAAUCGGCAUUUCUUUUGCAUUUGGCUAUAUGCUUCUUCCUUUGGCUGCAUACUUCAUACGAAGCUGGUGGGCAUUGCUUUUGGUCCUAUCUCCAUCUGUGCUUGAAGAUAUGAAGUCUAAAUGUAAUCUGUCUCAUGCAAUUAUUCACUUGGUUAAAACCUAUAAUAUUCGAAUCAUCACAAUCAUAAACCUUCUUGUGUGGAUGAUUCUGGCAGUUGGAUACUUUGGCCUGUCUUUGAGCACGCCCAAUCUCCAUGGUGAUGACUAUUUGAACUGUUUCUUCAUGGCUGUCAUCGAAGUUCCGGCCUAUGUAGCAUCUUGGCUUUUCCUCCAGAGGUUUUCCCGAAGGUUCAGCCUUUCAGGCGCAUUUUUUCUUGGCGGAGUUGUCCUUUUCUUCGUUCAGCUCAUACCUUCAAAUCUUUCUGUGCUUGCCACAGUGCUGGUGAUGAUUGGAAAGUUUGGGGCAACAACUGCCUUUGCCAUAGUUUACGUCUACAGCUCUGAGCUGUUCCCAACUGUGGUAAGGAACAUGGGUGUUGGUGUGAGCUCUAUGGCCUGCAGGUUUGGAGCCAUCAUCUCGCCUUACAUUUUUUAUCUUGGUGUUCAGCAUGAGUUUCUGCCUUUUAUUGUGAUGGGGUGUUUGACAGUGUUUUCAGCAAUUCUGGUUUUGUUUCUGCCUGAAACAGUCAAUGUCCCUCUCCCAGAAACAAUUGACCAAAUGCAAAAAAUUAAGGGGUUUGAAUGCCGAUGUAUUCACAGAAUGCGUGGCCAUUUAUAUAAGAAUGAAACAACCAGAGAACCUUUUGCGAUGGUCUGUAAAAAGGAAGAAAAUUAACCCGACCCUAGCAGCAGAUCUGCAGCAGUGGAGAAAUGGAAAGUUAAUUUUUUUUUCAGUUGAUAACCAACAUUAUCUUCUAUUGAAAUAAAUUUAGCAAUGCAAUCAAGAUACUCAGGGAGCACUGUUAAAUACUCGAAUUAGUCGGGUGUAACACUAGGAGUUUCAAUUUUCUCACUUACAUUGUUACCAGGAAUAUACUUUGAUCUAACUUAAAAAUCUUCAGCCAACAGUUUGAGCUAUGAGGUCAAUUUUGACGUUUGGACAACAGACUGUUUCAUUAUACUGACUGAAAAUAAAACUGCUGCUAUUUUAAGAAACCAGCCUCAAUAACAUUCAGUUUGCAUGCUGGAGGCCACCAAUGGGAGUUCUAGUGAACUUUGCUGCAUUGAGGUCUUCCUAUACUGGGCUGCCCUGACUGUCAGUAAACUGCUUGGAGUGUGCAAACAAUAUAGCACAUGUGGUUCUGGGACAGGAGCAGUUCAGAUCAUUUUUGUGGAACAUGAUGGAGUGUUCCUGCUCCACUGCACUCAACAAAAAUAAUAAUACUUACCUUGCUGGACUUAUCAAGUCCCAUCCACUCGAGACCUGGUCAGAAUAAGCCAAAACAUGCUGUGACUAAUUCAAACCUAUAAGGCAGUCAUGAUCCUUAGACUUCUGACUUGAAUUUUAACAUGAAGCCAUCAUCAAAAGUGCCAUCAGCUUCUCUGGUACUAAUAGGCAGAAUGGGUAUCAACCCCAUUUUGAGUCCAUCAGUCCCCUGUGUGGUGAUUAUAAUGAGGUCAGCCUGAUUGGGGCUGUUAAUCUGGUCCAAUCAGGGAGACCUG